AGCGAGAAGCGAGAGCAACGAAACGAAGCAACGAAUGAGUUGAGUCGCCGAACUGGACCGAGGCAGAGCACUCUCGAGUCCCCUUCGUUCUUAUCCGGCCUGGCGAGCGGCCACGGCCUCCCCGCACGGGCGGCCACUUGUUAAUCCCAUCAGCGCUGGAAGCGGGGCCACGAUGAGAGCUCACCACCAGCGAAACUCGAGCCUCGUCACCGACCUGGCCGCCACCAUCGCAGCCAUACCUUCGGCUAUCAGGAUGGUGCUGGAGCCAAAGACGGGCAGCCAGUGCGACUAUGGCAGUUUUGAAGACACGCGGCCACUGCAGGACCCGAUCGCGAAUGGAACAGAGCCAGCAGGAGCCACCGAAGCGAAUGCUGUCCCAGAAGUGGACGACCUUAGUCAGGAGCCGCUCAUCCCGCCAGAGUGGGCGCUCAAGUUCCCAUCCAGUCCACGCCGCCUCAGUCCGCAGCACGUGAAAAUCGACAUACCCACCCCUGCAGUAAGGGAUAAAUCGGCAUUCCCGCCGGAAAAACUCAAGACUUUAUACGCCUUCCUCCUGAUGUCUUGCAGCAUGGUGGCGACGACGGUGACCCUGGCGAUGGUUCACGAGCGCGUGCCUGACCGGAACGAGGUUGGUCCCCUGCCAGACGUGGUGCUAGACCACGUGAAGGAGAACCAAUUCGGCUGGGGCCUGUACUCGUCCGAGAUCCUGAUUAUGUGCUCGACGACGGCCACCUUCCUGGUCGUCUUCUUCCACAAGCAUAGGUUCAUCGUGGGGCGCAGGGUGUUCCUGAUCCUGUGCCUGCUCUACCUGAUGCGCUGCGUCACCAUGAGCGUGACCGUGCUGCCGAUGGCCAAUAAAACCUACUACUGCUCCCCGAAGGCCAACUCGACCAGCUUCUUGCUGAUCGCCGGCAGGGCGCUGCACCUGCUCUCCGGCUUUGGACUGUCCAUCAACGGACAGCACGUCUACUGCGGGGACUACCUCUACAGUGGACACACCGUCAUCCUCGUCCUUUGCUAUCUGGUCAUUCAGGAAUAUACUCCAAGGAGGUGUCGUCUGCUGCACUGGCUAGCUUGGUCGGCGGCGGUGGCAGGAAUGGUAUUCAUCCUGAUCUCAAGAGCGCACUACACAGUGGACGUGGUCGUCGCUUACUAUGUCACCACUCGCCUCUUCUGGAUUUACCACACUCUUGCCAAUAAUACGGAACUGAAGCAAAGUGGUCCAAACAACUUCCUGGGUCGAGUGUGGUGGUUCCCAGCCUUCCGGUACUUUGAGGUGAACGUGGGCGCCGUGGUGCCGAAGCAGUUUGAGUGGCCGUUCCCGCGGCGCAUCUUCGCCAAACACCCGAACCGCGAGUGCUGACCCCUGACCGCCUCACAAUCAGAGCAGGACUCUCGAGAGAAAGAGAAACGAUUACUCUUGUUUUGCCAAACACGACUGACGCCAACCUAGUUCAUAGGGAGACACCACCAAUCUAGGUUUAAGCAUUUUCCUGCAGCCCUGUAAAUAGAAAAAAAUACUGAAGGAAGUAGUGGGAUUGUGUGUGAACAGCACUGCUCAAGUUUUGCAGACUUAGAAGCAAGAGAACCGAUCUGUAAUCAAAUUAUCAUUGGUAAUUUGCCCCCAGUUUUACCUCGGAACUUGCAAUUUUGAGAUUGACUGCGCAAUCAGCGCCAGUUUAUUGCCAAAAUAAAGGCGAUGCUGCAAUUUUUUUUUUUUUAGUUGGAAUCUCAACUUAACAAUGAAUGAAAUUAUAUCGAAAUCUGUCAACGAUUGUGAUCUACAGGUGUUAGAAAUAUUGAAACAAAUAUGUUGACUGUGUGUGUUCAUAUGGGAGGAACAUCUAGUUCUUCUAAAGGGAUAUUUUUAGGUAUUUUUGUCAACCCUGCAGCUUCGAAUAACUAGACUGAUGAACCAAAUUCUGCAGCCGAAUUAUAUUGCAGUGUGUUAUCGAAAUAUUUUGAUAAAACUAGAAUCUAUGAUUUAGUCAAAUGCUUUUUAUUAUUUAAUAUGAGUAGAUUUUCUUAAAGAUUUCAUACAAUUGCAAAUUCUGUCAAUUAUAAGAGCUUCGUUUGUAUUUUAAGGAAAAUUGUCUGAUUUUUCAAAUUCGAAUUUAACUGCAUUUAUGCACUGUGGAAUGAAUUAAUUUAUUAGCACAAAUCCUAAUGUGUCAAACAAUAGAGAUCUUUCACAUCAACUGUAAUAUCAUACUAGCUGAAAUCGAAUAAACUUAUUAUUUCAUUGCUCAAA